AUGAAAGCUUAUCCGGGCGCCGUUGAGAAGUUCAUAUACUGUUCCAGAACAGUACCCGAAAUCGAGAAGGUUGUUGAAGAACUGAAAGUGCUUCACAAGUAUUAUUUCACUGAAACGAAGGACGGUUGUGGGCUCCUCGGAAUUGCUCUCAGCUCGCGCAAAAAUCUAUGCAUCGAACGCGAUGUUCGUCGCGCUGGUGAUGGAGCGGCCGUUGAUGCGGCUUGUUUUAGGCGAACCGCAAGUUUUGUCAGAAAAAAACAAGCCACAGACUCCUCUGUUCCAAGUUGUAAAUAUUUUGAGGAAUUCGAAGCGAAUGGAAAAGAAGCCCCGUUGCCCAUGGGAAUUUAUAAUCUCAUUAUGCAUGCAAACAUAAUUGUGUACAGUUACUAUUAUCUGUUGGAUCCAAAAAUAGCCAAUAUGGUCUCUCGUGAUUUACCAAAGAAUUCCGUAAUAGUGUUUGACGAGGCACACAAUAUCGUGAACUACCAGUGGUCCUCCAACGCGGUUAUAGCCCCGGAUGUCGGCUUUUUGUCCUCUCUUAUUGGUGGGAAAGUACCUCCGCCUCAAGGCGGUAAUAAUGUCUGCAUAGAAUCAAUGAGCUGCGUUUUGACCCGCCGUUCGCUGGAACGAGCUACCACAAGUCUGAAUACGUUAACUGAACGCGUGAAGGAGGUGAAGUCCCAUAAUGCUGACCAGUUGAAGGAAGAAUAUCGUCGACUUGUCGAAGGGCUCAGAGAGGCUCGCGUUUCGAAAGAAACAGAUCAGGUUUUGGGUAAUCCGAUCCUACCAGAUGAAGUGUUGAGCGAAGCGGUUCCCGGGUCCCUUCGAAGUGCGGACAGUUUCUUGUCGUUCCUGAGACGAUUUUUGGAAUACGUGAAACUACGACUCCGUAUCGCGCAUGUGGUACACGAGACACCCGUGGCUUUCCUCAGAGAUUGUUUGGAAAAAGUUUGUGUGGACCGAAGACCGUUACAGUGA